CUAACUCUUCAUUAUAUUAAGUUGAAUAAAACGUUUUGUCCUCAAAUGCAAACAGAGGCUUCGGUGAGCUGAAACGAGCUGAAACCGUUCCGAGAUGGAACUUAAUGAUAAGUGAACGAUUUGUCUUAAAAAGCUGACAGAUUAAUAAAAAAUCGAAAACAUUGCGGUCGUGUGGUAAAAGCAAUUGUUCAGCGGUAAAUAAUGCUAACCUUCUUGUUAUUUAUAAUCAAAACCAGGAUAAAGUAACGGUACCUACGAAAUCUGCUCGCAGCAGAACUGAGCUUAUCUCUCUUUUGCAAGUCAUUGCUCCGGCGGGUGAAGAUUUAAAUACUGAGAAAAAUUUAAAUUAGCAUAUGUCAAUUUUCACUCGAUUAUAAAAUGUAAUUAAGGAAAACCGAUAGAAACUCUUAGUGGUUGCCAUUUGAUAUGUUAUCGUAUCUCUGUCAUGACAUUAAUUUCCUUCUUUUUUCAGGUGCAUAACAACUGUUUACAAUGGUCAUAUUCUUGACGAUCUACAUUAUCGCACUGUCUUUCUCAGUGAUAACAGGAGAAGACCGGUAUCAUCAGCCUGGUAACAUCACAAUUGGAGGUCUCUUCCUGUUGCACUACACCACGGAAAAUGGUAAAUGUGGAGAAUUUUUCCCAAUAGGCCUUGGGCACGUGGAAGCAAUGAUAUUCGCCAUCGAAAAAAUAAACAGCGAUCCUAAUCUACUUCCAAAUAUUUCUCUGGGAUACGACAUCCGCGACUACUGCGAAAGCGCUGCAAAGGCGAUGGAGCACACGUACGAUUUUGUCAGAAGAAAUGAGCUGAUGGGGGAAGUCCAAAAUGCUAGUUGCACGUGUGUGAAUGGGAAAGACAGGAAGCAGAAUGAGCCAACGCCCAUAGCAGCUGUUAUUGGCCCAACGGAUUCUGGGAGUGCCGUGCUGGUGGCAAGCCUUUUGCAAGUGGCUGGUAUUCCGGUCAUCAGCCAUUCGGCAACAAGCAAUGAGUUAAGCUCUCCGCAAUACCGUCAUUUUUUUCGUACUGCACCUCCAGACGGACAGCAGGCGAGUGCCAUGGCAGAUAUCAUACAAUAUUUUAACUGGAGCUACGUAGCUGCUGUGGCGAUGGACGAUUCCUACGGUCGUAAUGGAGUGUGGGAAUUGGAAUCCGAAGCUGAAAAGAGGAAAACGUUUUGCCUCUCGUUUGCCGAAUAUAUACCACGACAAGAGUACAAUGUGAAGCUGAAAAGAGCUGUUAGCAAGCUCAAGAGCUAUCCGACCAUUCGCGUCGUGGUUUUGUGGCUUUUCGGUGGAUAUGGACGUGGGUUCCUCAAAGAGGCAGUCAAACAAAAUCUAUUUGACCGCACGUGGGUUCUAAGUGAUGCUUUGGCGACAGAAGAUGAUGUAUUUGUAGGAAUAAAAAUUAGCGAUCAAAGAAUUCUCCAUGGAUCACUCGGUGUUCAACCUCGAUAUUUGGACAAUCAGGAAUUCGAGAAUUUCUUGAUCAAAGAAAGGUCUAUGGUAUCUGCAACGAACGUAGCUCCCUGGUGGAAAGAGUUUUGGCAAAGUGAGACUCAGCAUAACUGCUCUGCAAUAGCGACGAGAAAGGAACGGAAUGCUUGUAUGGAGAGGGUUUUUCGCAUCAUUUAUGACACCUACAUUCCAUACGUGUUGGACGCAGUUUCUGCUGUCGCAAACGCCAUUCACGACCUAGAAAAUUGUUCUUCGCCAGAAAGGAAAAAUUCUGCAGAUGCGUGCCCAAAAUAUCAUGUUACUAUAGACUCAGAAGAACUCGAGACGUCCCUCCGCCGUGUUGACAUCAAAGGAUUGACUGGACGGAUCAGUUUUGAUCAAUUUGGAGAUCCUGUAACGUCUUCCUAUGAUAUCGUGCAUUUUCAAGACAGCGAUGAAUCAUCAAAUCAACGCUAUCUUGUUAAACGUGCUAUUGGCUCGUGGGAAAAGGAUCGAAAGCAAAACCUCCAGUUAAAUGAUACCAUGAUCAGGUGGAAUGCAAAAUCAGGGCAAACAGUUCCUCCAAGGUCAUUCUGCCAUGAUGACUGUCCUCCUGGCACGUUUUUGUCGCUGACGACCCCGUGUUGCUGGGAAUGCAUUAAGUGCCCGGCUGGUACCGUAAGUAAUCGCGUUAAUGACGUGAACUGCACUGAGUGCCCUUUGGGACAGAUGCCGGAUCAAAAAAGGUCCAAAUGCUUGGAUCUCCCAGAAGUUGAGUUCUUGUGGUCCAGCAUGACCUCCAUCCUUGUGAUCCUUUUUGCAACUAUUGGACUUGCUCUCGUCGGCAUUUGUAGCUUCGUCCUCUAUAAGCAUCGCGAAACACCUUUGGUGAAAGCAGCAAACCGUGAAUUGAGUUCGAUUCUUAUGGUGACAAUCGCGCUAUCUUUUUCUGUGUCCAUUUUAUCUCUUGCCAAACCCACAGACAUCACGUGUAGUUUGGUUCACUGCUGGCGGUCAACGGUGCUCGUUACAUUCAUCUCUAUCUUGAUUCUUAAGACAAUGAAAAUACUAAGCGCAUUCCGAAUAAACGUGAUCGCAGAAAGAUUUAAAAAGUUUAUUCUUUCAGCGAAAAAUCAAACAUUUCUAGUUCUGGUACUUAUCUUUAUACCGGGUAUGUUUCUGUCGUUCUGGAUUGCGUUGGAUGCUCCACGUCAAGAGCGAAUCAUACAGCAAGUAGAAGGAACCGUUCUAUUGUCGUGUUCUCUGCACCAAUCAUCUAUUGGAUUGUCAUUGCAGAUCGCCAUUUCGGUAUAUACAUCGUUCCUUGCAGUUGUUUGCACGUUCUAUGCCUUCAAAGCAAGAACACUACCCGAGAAUUUUAACGAGGCUAGAUAUAUUGGAUUCUCUAUGUACAUUUUGCUACUUUCGUCUGUAGCAUACUAUCCUCUUGAUAUCGGCCUCAAGGGCUCCUACGCAAUAAACCUGACAUGCGCAAUGACUCUUCUGAACUCUUACGGGCUGCUGGCCUGCAUGUUCGGUCCAAAGAUUUACGUCAUUAUGCGGCAGCCUGAAAAGAAUACCCAUGAGGCUGUUAGUUCCCAAGUUUCGGAUUACUCUUUUAACAGUUCCCCUAAAGGUAAAAACGGCAUUUCUCCUGAGAAAGCAAGCAACCAAGAACAAAUGCAUCAGGAAUUUGCUUCUGUUAGCAGUUUAACAAACUAGUUACGGCUUCGUAUUUAGGUUUUUAGAGUCGGCAGAGGUCCGUAUAGUUCGAGGCAUUACUAUUGUAAUCCGAGUUCACGAUGGCGUACAAACAAAAGUUUUGAAAUCACUUUUAUUCCCAUGCUUUCCUCCUGUGUUCCCAACGAUUGCGCUUAUUGUGCAAGUAUAAACAGUUUUUAGUUUCAGCCUGCGUUUUUUACCCAGACUGCGGUUUGCAUUUUGUACCCAAUCUGCAGUAUUGUACUGUCUGCAUUUUGUACUGACCGGAUGAAAGGUCACGUAGAAUGAUUUGAAUGAAAAAGAAUGGUUUCCUUUGCAUUUGAAUUUUGAAUUUAGUGAAUUUAGCUGGAAAUACGGUCCAAUACGACUCCUGCUCAUUCGUCCGACUGUUUCAUGCAUGCACUGAUUUUAAAACUGUCUAGUGAAAUGGACGAUUGAGUUUUAAGAGUCAUUGUCUGAGAAAACCAGGUGGUCAGAGAAGGGGGUCGGCCAAAUUAUUCCAUAAUAACAUCAUAGACAGGUUAUGUGGACUAAUGGUUAAAUACACUGAAGUUUGCUCUUCAAGUGUUUUGGUAUAGGAGAUUAAGUAUCCACUCUCCAUCACCCCCUCAAGUCCCAGCUUUUGUGGUAAGUUUGACUCAAAUAACCAAGAUAUAAAGGAACAAGAGGAAUAUGGCAAGCCGUUGCUGGAUUGAAUGUAGCAGAGUUUUUCAAACAUUUGUUUAGCUAUCGAAACCCACGAAAAGUUUAUUUUUGUCCGCGGGGAUGUUUUGCAACAACUCGAGACAUGUUAA